AUGUGUGUCAGACACCGCCAGCUCAGUCUUUUGUGGCCACCAGCUUGCAGUACUGUACAGUUUUCAAGCCCAUUCCAACACCGCCUCCCUUCCACCCAACCCCCCCGCUCGUUCCCGCACCUCGCCUGCUCAUCCCCGCUCCCUCACCUCCUCGUUCCCGCACCUCGCCUGCUCAUCCCCGCUCACUCACCUCCUCGUCCCCGCACCUCGCCUGCUCAUCUCCGCUCUCACCUGCUCAUCUCCGCUCUCACCUGUUCAUCUCCGCUCUCACCUGCUCAUCUCCGCUCUCACCUGUUCAUCUCCGCUCUCACCUGCUCAUCCCUGAUCGCAUCCCCGCUCUCACACAUGGGGUGGGAGGUGAGGAAGGGGAAGAAGCAGCCUACCCAGGAGAACCGACCGGGGAAGGGAGAGGCUACGAGCAAGGGGCAGCAAGGGGAAGGAGGAGGAUACGCGCAAGGGGAAGGGGGAGGAUACGCGCAAGGGGAAGGGGGGGGAUACGCGCAAGGGGACGGGGGAGGAUACGCGCAAGGGGAAGGGGGAGGAUACGCGCAAGGGGAAGGGGGAGGAUACGCGCAAGGGGAAGGGGGAGGAUACGCGCAAGGGGAAGGGGGAGGAUACGCGACAGGGGAGGGGGGAGAAUACGAGACAAGGGAAGGGGGUGGGUACGAGGGCGAAGAAGGGGGAGAGGACGAGAGAGAGGAAGGGGGAGAAGACGAGGGAGAGGAAGGGGGAGAAGACGAGCGAGAGGAAGGGGGAGAAGACGAGGGAGAGGAAGGGGGAGAAGACGACGGAGAGGAAGGGGGAGAAGACGAGGGAGAGGAAGGGGGAGAAGACGGGACAGGGGAACAAGGUGCAUACGCCGCAGGGGAAGGGGGAGUUUACGCGACAUAUGAAGGCGGAGGAUACGAGACAGGGGAAGGGGGAGGAUACGCGACAGGGGAAGGGGGCGGAUACGCGACAGGGGAAGGGGGCGGAUACGCGACAGGGGAGGGGGGGGGAUACGCGACAGUGCAAGGGGGAGGAGACGAGGGAGAGGAAGGGGGAGAGAACGGGACAGGGGAAGGGGGAGGAUACGUCGCAAGGGGGGGGGAGGAUGGGGGGGAGUUUGCGGCGCAGGGGCAGGGAGGAUACGUGGCUGAAGGGGAGGGGAGAGCUAUGGCCGAAGGCGGGGAAGACGGUUACGCAGGUAAUCUAGCUGAAGGCGACGGCGCGCUGAACGCAGCGGUGCGACAGGGAGCACAUGAUGCCGGAGAGGACGACGAUGAGGAUGACAUCGAACGUAUUAUGUACCCUGGCACGCAGGCCGGGGUGGAGGGCGAGCAGGGCGGGGCGGAGGAAGAGGGGGGGGAGGCGGAGGACAUGAUGAGGCAGGGGGGGGAGAAGGCCGAGGAGGGCGAGGCGGUGCGCGGGGCCGAGGGAGAGGAGGGCGAGGCGGAGGACAUGAUGAAGCAGAGGGGGGAGAAGGGCGAGGAGGGCGAGGCGGAGCGCGGGGCCGAGGGCGGGGCGAGGGGCGUGGAGGGCGCGGCGGAAAUCGUGGAGCGGGUCAACUUGCCCGCGGGGCUGGCGGCAGAGGAAGGGGCGAAGGAAUGGGACGAGGAAGAGGAAGGGGUGCCACAGAACCGUCAGAACCCGGGUGCGGCCAGCGCAUCACGUCCUGCAAGCUCGAGCCCAGCCAAUAACAACGGUUCCCCGGCUGCUUCCCAGCGAGCACCUGUCCUGAAUGCCAGUGGUGCUAGGUCCGGCGCAGCAGCUUCACACAGAUCUGCAUCUGUGGGAAGGCAGCCUCACACUAGCGGGAUGGCUGGUGGAGGGGCCCACGUGCCUUUAGGUGUCUCCUCUGGUCGCAGCUAUGGCUCCCGUGGGGGCAUGCCUCUACCCCCCUCCGCCCCAGGUCAUGCGGCAGCUUAUUCAGGGCAUUCCAACCAUGGGUCAUGCGCCAUCCCCAAUGCAUUAGGGGGGCGUGUGAGCGGCGGCGCACGCGCAGCAGCAUCAGCACCAGCGUCUCCCGCGAGUGUGGGACGUGUUCCAGUGGCCAAUGGUCCGUCCGGCUCGCAUCCGCUGACUCAAUCGAACCCUGCCGGUAUUCAGAGGCCAAUGGCUGCACCAAGGCCAGGACUCGGACUCCCCCUUAACCCUCCCCCUCGUGCAGUCAAAUCGGUUGCAGAGCAGGCUGCGAUGAACAAGUAUGCAACGAAAGGGGAGUUGGAUGCACUGCGAACGGAGUUCCUACAGGCUUUACAAGCCCACACCUGCAGCCAGUGUGGAGCAUCUGGAAGCUUGGGUGCUGCAGCAGAUGGUGGCGAGAACAAUGGCGAUGCAGCUGGGGUUCAGUCUAUACCCAAGCCACGCACGAGAUCUGUGGCGGCCAUUGCGCUGGAUGCGGUGUUGGCAGAGCAGAAGGAUUGGCGAGGGGCGUGCAAUCAAGUGGUGACUUGCCUCUUCUGGACCGACGAUGCAGUGGAUAUUCAGUUUUACCCCAACACCGACGAGGCGCUUAGUGAAUUCGGGAAAUUACUGUCCCCGGAUGCUAUGACACAUCUGAAGCUUCUUUGGAACCUAACAGACGACUUCAUCGUGGGGACUUUUAACAAGAUGUGCAAUAACAACCGAAGCAACGUCGCAAAGAAGCUACCAGGUGUUGUUUGGACAGCCCUGGGGAGCAUAAAGAAGCAACACAAGGUGGCAGCACUUCCCAAGGGAGUAAAGGGCCCCGAGGCUUUUUAUGAACAUAAGGAACUCGUCAAACAUUACAUGGACGAAGAGAUGGGAGGUUUACGUUUCCAUGUGGAUGAGGAUACAAAUUUGCCAUUUUCCAGCGAAGCCUUUGCAGCGGGGAUAAGACAUGCAUUCACGCGGCUCAAUGUGACAUUGGGAACGUUCAAGACCCGUCAGCUUGCUUAUGCUGUUCUUGUGCUGGAAUGUCCUCUACUGGAGGAAGAGGGCAAGAUGACAAACAAUCCUGAGGUCAACCGGGAAAAGUACGAGAGUACUGUGGUGAAGUGCAGGAAAUGGGUGGAGCUCGCUGUCACCAACCAGGGCGUGCGCUUCGAUUCACGCAAGAACGCUUUCCUGUUUGGCCAUGGUGUUUGUAUUGACGCGAGCGACUACCCGGCAUCGCUGAAGAAAAACGUCGCUACCUAA